GAAAACGUACUUCGCUCUCCGGAAAUUCCUUACGUUCUCUUUCUCUCUCUCUCAAAAAAAAAACAAAAGAACGGUUUUUCCACUGCUGCUCUGUUCUCCGGUUCCCACUCUCUCCAUGAAGCAACUUCACCGUUCUCUUUAUCCUCUCUAAAACUUCCCCUCAAUCCCACCCUUUUCUCCUCUCAUUGUUUCUUUCUUCAUCUCCAACGAAGGAAACUUUCUAUUUUUUUUUUUAAGAAGAAAAACUAGACCAGAAAUGGAGAAAAAGCAAGGUUUCUUCUCAGCUCUCAAAGAAGAAGUACUUCGUGGGCUUUCACCUUCCCGCUCGCGGAACAACAGCCCUGCUAGAGCCCCUUCACCAAUGGCCAGUCUGUUGCGGAGAAAGAAAAACAACCACAACAACUAUGGAGGCGCUUACAUGGCGCAACCGGAGUCCUUGAUCGGGAGAUCCGGAAGUCUAAGGCUUGUCGGGGAAGCGUUAGCACCACUCAUGGAAGGUCCCGAUCCUGACGGAGGCGAAGUCGGGGAUUCGAAGCGGGUUGGGUCGGGGCUGGGACAAUGGGUUAAAGGACAGUUAUCUAGGACCCCAUCGGUCUCUUCGAUGAGUUACAGAAGGUCUGAUCUAAGGCUGUUGCUUGGGGUCAUGGGUGCGCCUUUGGCUCCACUUCAUGUUAGCUCUACUGACCCUUUGCCUCACUUGAGCAUCAAGGAUACUCCCAUUGAAACUUCCUCUGCUCAGUACAUAUUGCAGCAGUAUACAGCUGCUUCUGGUGGGCAGAAGCUGCAAAACUCCAUUCGGAAUGCAUAUGCAAUGGGAAAACUCAAAAUGGUAGCUUCUGAACACGAAACUGUGACGAGGACUCUUAAGAACCGCAAUGGCUCUAGAUGUGCUGAGUCUGGUGGGUUUGUACUCUGGCAAAUGAAUCCAGAUAUGUGGUAUAUUGAACUUGCGGUUGGGGGUAGCAAGGUUCAUGCUGGCUGUAAUGGGAAGCUUGUUUGGAGGCACACACCUUGGCUCGGUGCACACACAGCAAAGGGGCCUGUUAGACCCUUGCGUCGUGCACUUCAGGGUCUUGAUCCAAGAACAACAGCUAGUAUGUUUGCUGAUGCAAGAUGCAUAGGAGAGAAAAAGAUUAAUGGUGAGGAUUGCUUCAUCCUCAAGCUUUGUACUGAUCCUCGGACACUGAAGGCAAGGAGUGAAGGCCCUGCAGAGAUCAUUAGGCAUGUUUUAUUUGGCUACUUUAGUCAGAAGACUGGACUUCUUGUUCACAUAGAAGAUUCGCAUCUGACUCGCAUCCAAUCUAAUGGUGGUGAUGCUGUUUAUUGGGAAACCACAAUCAAUUCAUUUCUUGAAGAUUACCGGCCUGUUGAAGGUAUCAUGAUAGCACAUUCUGGGCAUUCUGUUGUUACACUUUUCAGGUUUGGGGAAGUUGCAAUGAGCCAUACAAAAACAAAGAUGGAAGAAGCUUGGACGAUUGAAGAGGUUGCCUUUAACAUACCAGGCCUUGCUGUUGAUUGUUUUAUCCCUCCUGGUGAUUUGAGAUCUGGAUCCAUCAGUGAAACCUGUGAACUCCCUCAGGAUGAAAGGGGAAAGAGUGCAAUUGCUUUAGCAGCACAUCGUGCUAAAGUUGCUGCCCUAGAAAAAGCGGAGGAUGGUGGUGCUGACAGCAUGAUUUGGAGGAUGGAAGUAUGAGGAAGUGUAGAAUCACAUCUUGGCAAUUGUUCAUAUUGGUAGCUAGUGCAGUUGGCUAACCCACUAGAAGUUACAAGGUGGAAGUCAUUUUUUGUACUUUGUUUAUUCCUCUAUUAAUAUGUUAAUAGAGCAUAAUCUUUCGCAGGUUCGAACUUCCAUCGAACCUAUAUGAAUUUUUAUACUCUAAAUGCAGAAUCGAACUGUGGAGUUGGAGCUCAGUUUUCCAGUUAUGGAUAGAGCUAAUGGUGGUUGACUUCCUUGCUUGAUGACAGGUGGUGAAGCUGUCCCCUUAACCUUUCAUAGUUUUACUAACUCCAAUGUUCAUGAAUAUAAUGUGGCAGUAUAAAGGAUACUGCUGCUGAUCAGCAUGCGUUUGACAGUAAUGUCUAAUUCUUAAUUUUACUGUUUCUGGAUUUGUGAUUCCAUGUGUGAUUGUUUGACAUAGAAGAUGUUUUGGAGUUUGGGAAGGAAAAGAGAUUUUGCUGGAUAUGCUUGAUAAAAGGUGUGGUAAAUCAGAUCAGAUGGAACCAACUUUUUUGCUUACCUGCUGUAACGAAAUGUGUUAAUGACCAUGAGUUCUGGGUGGGUGUGUGGUUGCAUUUGUGCAGUGCUGCUGAAAGCAAAAUGUAAACAGAAAACAUGAUUGAUAUUCAUCAAUUAUUUAAUGCUCAUGAUGAAUAUAGAGAUCCGUGCAUUUCCUUCAUCUUCCCUUC